AUGACGUCUCUUGAAACUAACCUCGGUGAUUUGAACUUGAAAACCUCGCAGUUGCUCUCCAACUGUCUCACAUCAGGAGAUCUUUGGAUGAAAAUCGUGGACACAAAUAGGAAUAGCAUCUACUAUAUGAGCGAGGACGAGGUAGAGAGAGUUGGCAGAGAAACAAAUCCGGGUGAAUAUGUUCUACGAGCCUGGAGCAAUCGUGGUCAAUCGGUACGUGACCUGCUGGCACGACUGCAGGCUCUUUCAAAGCAUCAUGGAGCAGCUAUGGACCAAGCACAACUCAUUCUUUCAAGGAAAUUCAAGCCACUUCGAUGGGCAAAAACAGACGAAAUAGUUGUCAACAUUAUACAGGACAGUAACGUAGUGCGGUUGCACUGUAGAGCUGUUGGAUUUCCAUCGCCUCGCUAUCACUGGUACAAGAAUGAUGAACAUAUUGAAGCAGUCUCGUCUCACUUUAUUGAUGUUGUUAGGUGCAAAUGCUCAUCUGAGUUUACAUUUUAUUGCGUCGCAACAAACGAAGUGGAGGACGGCUACAUUUAUUCUGAAUUUUACCGAAAACCUGGAAAGCAGUACUCUUCUCGAAUUGUUUCGCGCACUAUUUCAAUGGAGCCCUUCGUUGGACAGGAGCAGAGAUGCGAAAGCUGUCGUAAUGGAGAAUUGGAGAAUUUGCGAGAGAUCAUGGCGAGCAUGAAUACGUCUGCUCUGGAAAGACCGCCUGAACCUCCAGAGGCUGAUUAUCAUGACGAACUGCUAGUCGCUGCGGAUAAAGUAGCCUUAAUAAUUAGCAACUGCAUGUACCAACACCUACCAAAGCUAGUUACUCCGCUUUGCGAUGCCGAGACAUUAGCAACUGCCUUGCAGGAUCUGAAGUAUAAAACAGUAACAUUAGCGGACCUCACUUUGGCUGAAAUGAAAUAUUUGAUCAAAGAAUACAAAAAGUUACUGGGCAAUGGAGUUUAUGCUGUUUUCUACUUUGUGGGACAUGGCUUCGAGGUCAAUGGACAGUGUUAUCUUCUUCCUGUAGACGCACCAUCUGAAGCACACAAACCGGAGCAUUGUCUAUCUAUGGAUUACGUCCUCUAUGAGUUCAGUGAUCACAACCCAGCCCUCAAUCUUCUUCUUUUAGACGUGUGCAGAAAGUUCAUUCCGUAUGAGUUUGUGCCUGCCUUUGUUGACUAUGCGGAGCCUUUUAAGAUGAAGCACAAACCAUCUCGAAACACCGUUUAUGGAUAUUCUACAAGUGGUGGAGUGGGAGCUUAUGAAAUAAAAGGUGAGAUGAAUGGUGUUUUCAUGAAAUACCUCAAACACGCACAUAUAUCAGAAAGCUCCUUUUCAGAGCUGCCAAAUCCUGUCUAUGUACGAUUCGAGGAACUGGCGCUUUCUGUUACAAUAUGGUUCGAUUUUUGUGGGCAUUUCACGAACAAGGUGUACGUAUUCUCGUCAGUGAGCGAUUUACUGGACGAAGCUUCAGAGGAACUUGAUAGGAAGCUGUCUGAAAACGCCCUGUCGCAUAUCGCUUAUCUUUCGUUUCCGCCGCAGCUCGAUGCUUCGAAAGAGCGUAUUGUUUCCGACGACAAUGAGGGAGUUUCGUUGUGUCUCCUCCUUUCUCACCUCCAGCGAUCCAAAGGUGAGCUGAACUGCAGAAUACUUCUGACGAGUGCGGCUGACAAGCAGAAAGUUGUCGCAAUACGUGAUGUUGUGCUUGGACAUGUGCUCAUUACAAGAAUAGAGAUGAUCAAAUGA